AUGCUGAUGUGGGAUGUAUAUAGAUGGAUGCCAAGAACUCAAACUGUUAAUCAUUAUAAUAAAGGAGAUGCUUAUGAAUUCCUUAUUCCAUGUGGUACUAAAAAGUUUACUAAUGAAGUGAUAAAUGAAUUUAGUUUUCUAUCAUGGUUUUUAAAUAAGACUCCAUUCUUUGCCCUUAAAGUUAAUACAACUCAUCCUCAUGUCCAUCAAGCUCCAGAUGAAAUCCAGGAUCAGGUAAAGUUAUUUCUUAACCAUAUGAGAGAAGUCCUUUGUUCUUCUGAUAAAAAGCAAGAACUAUAUGAUGGGAUUAAUUUCAUGAAUAGCUACUGGCCAAAAAUGCAAAAAAUCAAUGUUUCUUUAUUCAGGUGCAGGAAAAUGCUUACAUGGUUUCUCCAAGAAAUGGUUCUUGGCCCCAAAAUUACCCAUAAAACUACUAAUGAAAGAAUUAUUACCAGACAAUUUAAUAAAGAAUUGAAAGGUAAAGUUUUACUUGUUUUUGAAGAAAUGUCUAACUCAAAGUCUGGUGACUGGAUAGCAUUUGCAAAUCAACUUAAAGACUUUAUUGAUAGUGAUACCUUAAUGAUAGAAGAAAAACACAAUACUUCAUAUCCAGUUACUAAUGUUACAAAUCUAAUUAUUAGUAGCAAUAAUAGUAAACAAUUUGUUUAG